AUGCCUGCUCCUCGUCCAUAUUUUGAGGCAAAUGGAAACGAUGAAGAUACCGAAGAUCUGGGCCCAUUUUCGCUAAAAGAACGUAUCGAUGGUUACAAAGAGUUUGUUCUAAUUCCUUGGAUCGAAAAGAUGAUGUUCGUUGCUGGCGAAACCGGCGAGCCUUCCAACGAUACCACAUCCCUCGUUGAGCAAAUCAUCCAAGAGCAGUGUGUCGAGAUCCUCAAACGUUCUACCGCCCUGGCAACACGUCGAGGCUCACGAGCUAUCACAGUAGCAGAUCUGUUCUUCCUAAUUCGGCACGACAAAGCCAAGACAUCCCGCCUCAAAACCUUCCUAUCCUGGAAAGACGUUCGCAAGACAGCCCGCGACUCCGACGACAAGGGUGGUGAAGCAGCCGAUACUGGCGUUGGCGAUGACCCAUUAGGAGGUGGUGAUGCAGCUGGAGGCCCUGCAAUGCCCAUAGACAUAGCCCGAAAAGGUCGAAAGCGCAUCAAACUCCCAUGGGAUAUCUCGAGCUACUUCAGCGAGCAGCUCCCAGAGGGCGAAGACGACGAUGAUGAGGAAGAGGAGGAAAUGAACGCUGCUUCGCUUCUUCGUCUUCAGCAAUCUGAUCAACGUACCCGAGGUAUGACAAGAGAUGAGUACUUGCACUACAGUGAAUGCCGACAAGCAUCUUUCACCUACAAGAAAGCGAAACGCUUCCGUGAAUGGGCAGGGUUUGGCGUUGUCACGGACAGCAAGCCUAACGAUGACAUUGUCGAUAUCUUGGGAUUCUUGCUCUAUGAUAACGUGCAAACACUUACGGAGGAGGCAUUGAAUGUGAAAGGAGAAGAGGAUAUUGUGAAGGCGAGGAACGGUGAAAGCGAGAGUGAUGCCCAAAGCAAGAAACGGAAACGCGAGAGUGCACUCUUUGAGAUGGCGGAGGAAGGCACGGCGCCAGUUGAGCCGAAGCAUGUGAGGGAGGCGUAUAGGCGGCUGCAAGCAAAACCGAUACCUGGCAGGUGUACUGUCUGGUUGGGAGGGCCGAGGGCGUUGCAGAGGAAGGAGUUGAAGCUGGUGGGUAACCCUUGUACGUGA